GGAUGAGACGGUGUAGAAGAAAAGGGCAACAGUUGUACAUGUAGACUUGGCCAAUGUAUUUCAUUCAAUUCAAAGCCAGCAUAGAGAGCUCAUAAACAGACACAUUGACAACACGCAUGGAUGCUUAGCCCUGCGAUGCCUAGCUGGACUUACCGUGCACCCUGGCCAAUAUUCGCGGUUGAUCACUGCUUGUGUUCAGUUGCCUCUCAGCUGCUGUGUCUGUCGGUUGUCUCUUGCGCUCACUCUCUCUCUCUCAGUUGUAACCUACAGGGUUGCAUGUCAUUGUAUCAUUCUCAUUCAUCCUCUACAAGAAUAUCAAGCCAUUCCUUCUCUAGCAAAGGUAUAACUUCUUGGUUGUAGUAGGCGAUCUGUCUCUCCUUCAUUCUGUGCACAGCUGCAGUGAUACAAGAUUGUUGAUACUGAGUAAUGUCUAGCCCAGUCAAAGGACUUCCUAAAUACCAGUAGCCAGUGGGAGGGUAAUGUGUGCAGUGUAUAUAGACCGAGGGCACAGGGAUAUAUUUGUUAUUGGAUCUUGCCCAUGUCUCAUUGCAUCGUAUGGUGUGUGGUGACGAGACUAACUCUGGUGAUCAAAUAUUUGGAAUAUCAACUCAUUUUCAUGAUCGUGGAUCGUUGAUGGAAGACCUGAGUUAGAACAUGAGAGCUUUACCAAGCUACUGAAUAUCCUCGCAACAAACAUGGAUAAAGAGAAGAGAUACUGUGUUACAUCCAAGACCAUGUCACUACCAAGCAUUCUAGUUCAUCUUCACAUUCUUCUCAUGGCUGCAUCAUCAGUCUUCAGCUAUGUUCAUUUCACAGAGGAGAACUUUCCUGGUAACCCUGACAUUUCAUUACAAAAAAUGACUCUAGACCCGACAACUAACACACUGUAUGUGGGUUCUGUCAAUAGAUUAUAUAAACUGAACAGUGAUCUCGAAGAAGAGAUCCAUAGAGAUACAGGACCAGUGUCAGAUCAUCCUACAUGCUUUCCUCCGCCAGGACAAUGUACAACCCAAGAGUUUAGCAGGGAAGCUACCAAUAAUAUCAUCAAAAUUCUAUUAGUUGAUAAUAAUAGGUUAAUCACGUGUGGGAGUGUCUACCAAGGGACAUGUCAAGUGCGUAGUUUAGAAGAUUUUACAUCUCUGGGUAAUAAUACCUCUGAGGAGAUAGCAGCUAAUACAAUAAUAGGUACUUCAGUAGGAUUUAUAUCUAGAGGUCCAGAGAAUCAAGCAAAUGUAUUGUAUACAGCUACAUCUAGCGCUGAUUGGAUAGACAAUAAUGUGCCAACCGUGUCUGUGAGAUCUUUGCCAGAGGUGAUCCCUUCAAGAAAUCUGUUUUCAGUUCUGAAGACGGGAUUUCGUGCAGUGAGUCAGAUUGUGAUCCCAGCGGAGACAGUGUCUGAAUCUCCUAAUGGCUUUAAUAUCACCUACGUAUAUGGGUUCCCUAGUGGUAAUUUCAGCUACUUUGUAGGUGUUCAGCCAGAGAACCACCGUACACUACCUAGAGAAGUGCAAUACUACACAAAACUCAUCAGAAUAUGCCAACGAGACAUCAAUCUACUGUCCUACAUAGAACUACCAUUAAAAUGCUACUCUGGAGGCGUUGACUACAACAUCGCGCAAUCUGCUUACAUUGCAAAGGCUGGUAAAGAUGGUGGAGAACCUUGGCAGAAUGAAGAUGCCCUCUUUGUAACAUUUGCUCAGUCAGAGGAACAUGAUCGUGAACCUCAGCGAAAGUCUGCUGUUUGUAUGUACCUUGUUUCUGAUCUGAAUCAAGCUUUCUUUGAUAGAAGACGUGAAUGUGUGAAUGGACAUCAAUCAGACACCCAGAUGGAAUGGUAUAAGAGUGUACCAUGUACUGAAGUUGGGAAAACUCCUGCAUUACUGGUUGAACGAAUGGACAGGGAAGGGCGGAACUACUGCCACACUCUUGAUUUCAUUGGUCCAAUGGGUGGUACUGAUAGUCCAAUCAUAGCUCAAGCAAUUCAUGUUGAUGACUCCACCCUAUUCACAGCCAUAGCAGUGUCUCAUAAACCACAGGAAUCAGCCAUCUUUGUUGGUGAUGACACAGGACACCUAUUAAAGCUGAUGCUAAUCUCUCAAAGCAAGGCAAGUGUGAGUACAGAUCAUGAGAUUGUACCUGAUGGAUCUGUAGUUCAGAAUGGACUUCUUCUCAGCCUUGAUGAAGAAUAUGUCUAUGUCAUGACACAAAGACAGGUAAGUUGAGUAUUCACUUCUGGUCAGAAUUUUGUUUCAAAACAACUUCAUGGGAAACAAAAUCAUUUGAAAAAAAUAAUUGUAUUACAUAUUUUCUUCUGCCCAUCAGUCUUAUUUCAGCUUUUAACUUUCCGUAUCAAUAAAUUUCUAAAAUCAGUCUAAAUUACAUAUUUUUAUACAAAUAGAUCAAAUACAGAUAGUACAACUCAUUCUCAAGUAGUAUAAUAAUUACAUUGAAUGAUAAUAAGAAAAAGUUUUGCUUCAGAAGUGGAAGGAAUCUAAAGAGAGGUAUUGCAUGUGAAUAGACCCUAAGUCUAACCUAACUUAUCUUACACUAAUUGGAUUAUUUCAAAGUCACCUGUUUUCUCAAACAAUUUCAGAAAAUAAAACUUGAAUUUGAACAAAGGCAACCUGUCAAUGAUAGAAACCCCUUCCUUUCUGUAUAGGCUUAAAAUACAAAGGAAAAUAUAUUACCACUAAUGAACAUGCAUAGUUGAAUAGAUUGUAAGGUAUAUCUCUAGUUCUGAUUUAAGUCUUUGGGGGCCUCUUUAUUUGUUUUCAACAAAUGGUGUUAACAUACCUCUAUCGACCAAAUGAUCAAAAGGUGGUCUGGGAGCAUUCAUGUUUGAGGCUCUGUUUACGCCAAUGUGCUCCUUUGGUAUUUGCGGCAAUAAUGUCAGUAUACGGCUUUGAGAGCAUUAAAAGGAAUUAGCAUGGUUCAUUUGUCUCCAUUGACAUUCAUGCUUGAUCAAAUACAUGUUUUACGACUGCAUUAGUACUUGUAACCUCGGUAGACAUUCCUUUAUGUUUCUGCAAAGUCUUGGUACAGAGGAUUUUUUAAAAUUUCAAAUUAGUGUAGUGUUAUGAUGUUUGAUAUGCUUGGAACACAUAAAGACAUUCAUAUAACAUUAGUGGACAUUGGUGAGUGAAAGGUUUCCCUUCUUCAGCUUUCUGUCGUAUAAACACAAUAAUCUAAUGUAAUUUUUAAAAUAAUAUAGUGCUGAAUUAAUUAUCAUUUUGUGAUAUAAUAGAGAUGAAAAGCAAAUAUCUGAAAUAUAUUAAAGUUGAAUUAAGAAGACGAUUCCAAAUAUUGAGAUAUUUACAUUAAUAGCAACCUUACAACCCCCCAAACACUAAGAGGUGAUUCGACCCCCCAUUUUCUUUUUUCAAAAUAGUGAAUUUGAACGAUUUAUCCCUACCCAUUUUCCCUGAGUUCGCUCCUGCAAUGCCUACCGAGACGGGUGUUCUUUGAGUGUGACGUCACCGGGGGGUAUUCGGUCCCGGUGUAGUAAACAAGGCAGUGCCGCUUUGUGUAUAUGUACGUACGCCUUCAUAUGGAAUAACUGCAAUUGAAGUUGUAUCUGCGAGCCAUAGAACUUGCAAAGAGGAAAUGAUUAAAAUAUUUGUGGCCGUACUAUUAUUCCAAAUAUGUAAAUUCCCUCAGAAUGAUACCAUAGACCCUAAAGGAAUAAUUUCAAGGUGAAUAAUAUGAAAUUUGAUCGAGAUCUUCUCACCAGUCGAUAACGUAGCAGACGUGUUAUUAUGACAUAUUUAUCCGCGUGUGACGCGGCUCUUGCAAAAAAACACAGUUGGUUGCGGAAUUGCUUUGUGCCGACCGGCCGCCGCCCGCUCCGGCGCAGCUAGCUGUCGAGCUACCGUACCGCAUACCUUUCUUGUUGUCUUCAACCAUAGAUAUGUAUACUAAUUACUAUAAUAUCUCUCUGUCUUCAACUCACUUGCGAAUUGCGUUUGUAUGUGUGACGGUGACCCCUAGCGUAAUUAAAUAUAGAAAACAACUCAGAAGGCCGAGAAAGAAUAAUACGUUUGGUUCAAGAUUGUUCUGUGGAAUGAGCUAUGAGUGGAAAUGAUCCAGAGGAUAUAAAAGUGGAGUCAAAGACAAAAGAAAAGAAGAAAAAACGCCAGGGGAUCGCUGCACGCGGCCAUGAACUAAGUCGACAUACCAGACCAUAACAGUACACUCAAUGCCUGGGUGUUGUGUGUACUAGUAUUAUGCGUUCAGCGCGCGCUGAGCGAGAGCGAGCUGAGCUGGCCGCCGGAAUUACUUUCCAGCUAUUCACUUGAUUGAACAUCGUGAUAAAAUAAAUGAGAAAUAGUGAAAAUAUCAUUCAAUAACUCACUGUUUGCUAUCUUACAUCAUGAUUGAAGAGUUCAUGAUGGUUAUUCAUACUGUUUUUUAUACAGGGAAAGUAAAGAUUUGUACAUAUCAGUCCUAUUUGUUUGAUUUGAGUUGCUUUGAAAAAAAAAUUGUAAAAUAUCUUUCUCUCUCUGCAUAGCAUUUCUGUAUGACAUUCAGGCACCUCUUAUACUAAAUUCCCCCCGGUGACGUCACACUCCGAGUGGCUUUUCUGUACACUCGUCUCUCGGGCUCUGACAGGUGGCUAAUUUCAUAGACUUUCAAAGCAAAAUAUCGAGAAGGCAGAGGAUUUUUGUGACUUGCUAUCUGUUUGAACAACUUAUAUAUACUUUAUAUUGUGUGUAGAACCUAUAUUUAUGGAAACUCACCCCCUUCUUAAUUCAACUUU